UCAUUCAGUGUAUAGUAUACGGUCAGUGAUGUCAUUUGCCACAAUUGUACAGCACGUGUUUUAGCGAUAAUGUGAUAAUGUUAACGAUAUAUAUAUAUAUUUCUUUACGCAAUAAUGAGUUAGAAUUUACCAAAAAUGUUAGUGUAGUUAUAGUUUUUAUUUAAGACUUUUGAUCUCAAUUUAUUUUUCUCAAUAUAUUAUUAUUACUGUGGUAGAAAAGUUAUUUCAAUAUGUGAAUAAUCUAAUCGUAAGUGAUAGUGAUGUUAUCUUUUAUAACCUGUAUAAAACACUACAUUUAAUAUUACUUAUUUUAGUAAAGAUACAAAAAACAACAAAAAAUGAAGGUUAAUCUAUUAGUGAUUAGUGUUGUUAUAGUUUAUGUGGAUAGUGCAAAAAUUCUGGCGGUGUUUCCAACACCAUCGAUCAGUCAUCAAGUGGUAUUUAGACCUUUGAUUCUUGAAUUAGUGAAUCGCGGUCAUGAAGUUAUUUUAAUAACAACAGAUCCAAUGUUUCCCAAAGGAGGAGGGCCAACUAAUUUAACUGAAAUUGACAUGCAUGAUAUCUCAUACAGGCCUUGGGUGGAAUACAUUCCAGAAGAAUAUCAAGUAAAUAUGGAACCAUCGGUUGAUUAUGAUACAAAAUCAAUGGCAAAAAUGUUGACAAUUCUUUUUACAAAUAUUAUGAAGGAACAUCUUGCUUCGGAGCCUAUCAAAAAGUUGAUGAAUGAUAAAACGCAACAUUUUGAUCUUCUGCUUAUCGAAGCGUAUCAGAGAACAGCAUUAGUAUAUUCUCAUGUUUUUAAAGCACCAGUGAUACAAGUGAGCUCUUUUGGGUCAUCACCGUAUAAUCUGGAAUCAGUUGGAGCGGUGAUGCAUCCAAUUCUGCAUCCGAAUCUUUACAGUCGAAAAAUUGUUAACAUGACAAUUUAUGACAGAUUCAUGGAACUGUACAAUUUUGCUGUGAGACAAUAUGUUACUUAUAGCUAUGAGAAAGAGGAGAAUGAAAUGUUGAGACGAAUUGUAGGAGAUGAUGUACCAGCAGUGAGUGAGUUAUGUGAUAAUGUGGAUAUGUUAUUUUUAAAUGUUCAUCCAGUGUGGGAGUUCAAUAGACCGGUGCCGCCUAAUGUUGUAUAUCUUGGAGCUAUGCAUAUAAAACCGGUCCAAAGUUUGUCUAAGGAACUGAAAUCAUACUUGGAUACGUCCACAAAAGGCGUCAUAUACAUGAGUUUUGGCACAAACGUAGACCCUUCAAUGUUUCCAGAAAAUUCAAUAAGAACAUUCGUCAAAGUAUUUGCUGAGCUGCCAUACAAUGUAAUAUGGAAAUGGCACACGGAAGACAUUCCAGAUUUACCUAAAAAUGUGAUGAUAGCUAAAUGGUUGCCUCAGAGAGACCUACUCAUGCACCCAAACAUCAAACUAUUCAUUACCCAGGGUGGUCUCCAAUCCACUGAUGAAACAAUACUAGCAGGAGUUCCAGCUGUUGGUAUACCAAUGAUCGGUGACCAAUGGUACAACGUGGACCGAUAUGUUGACCUUGGUAUCGGAGUUCGAAUCGAUAUCAUGACGAUGGAUGCCAAUGUAUUUAGGAAAGCUAUUGAUACCGUGAUUAAUGAUAAAAGAUACCGACAAAAUAUAGAAAAACUUCGCUCAAUAAUGUACGACCAGCCCCAAUCAUCCUUAGAACGAGCAAUAUGGUGGGCGGAAUACGUCCUUCGACACGGCGGUGCGCGCCAUCUACGGGCCGCGGGCGCAAACUUAUCUUGGGCCGCGUAUUAUGAACUAGAAUUAUUGGCUUACGUCGUGUCGUUUCUAGUAUUCGGUUUAAUAGUCUGUGUUACGGCGAUUUAUUUCGUAGUAAAGAAUGUGUUACGUUUUAGUAGCAAACAAAAGAUUAAAUCUAAUUAGUUUGGCAUGUAGGUAAGUAAAAAUUAAAUGAAAUUAAUAUAAGUAA